AUGACUCUAUUUUACUGGUCCGUACUGCUGGUGGUUGGUGUAGUGCUAUUUGAUUGCUGUUCGAGUAAAGCUACAAUGGAUCAGAUGGCCAAAACGAGUGCUAUGAUGCGUACGGUUUGCAUGGGCAAAAAUAAGGCGAAUGAAGAUUUAAUCGAUGGUCUUGGACGGGGUGAAUUUGUCGAUAUAAAGGAACUUAAGUGCUACGCCAACUGUGUGCUAGAAAUGAUGCAAGCGAUGAAAAAGGGAAAGAUUGUGGCCGAUAGUGCGAUCAAGCAGAUUGAUUUGCUGAUUCCGACCGAAAUUGCCGUUCCGACCAUGAAAGCAUUUGAUGGCUGUCGUGACUCCGCAAAUGGCAUCAAAAAUCCCUGCGAUGCGGCUUAUGCUCUUCUGAAAUGUCUGCAUGCUAAAAAUCCAAAGUAUUUUUUUGCUUGA